UGUCGCUCCGCAAGCUUAUGGGGACACGGUGCCCCUCUCUGGUUUUGUUUUAUUUUGUUUUUAAUUGGUCUCCCAAGUCUUUACUUCGUUUUAUAUCUUCCUUCUAUGUACUGGAUGCGCUGUGAGUGCAUCUACGUAACUCAUUAGGGUCAUUUUAAACUGCAGUUUUCUUCCAUUCUGAGACGUCAAGAAUUUUCUUUUGUAUUUUUACUCAGCUCAUAAAUGUCGUUUCACCCUUCAUGGGUAAUUUCCCGUGACCAUGGACAGAAUAAAACCUUUCACGGUGUAAGACAUUGUGCUGUAGACUCGGGGAAUUUGAGGAGUCAGUGUGUCCUAAACCGGUGCUGUCAGAGUUUUGAAUUUCCACGUGUGGCUCGGGCUUCCCGCGUAAGGCUGGUUUUUGCGUGGAGCAUCCUUCCUGGAGGGUGGCCGCGGGCCCCCUGAGUGACUGUGGGGCGCAUCUGGGGGACCCGGGGCCACCCGGCCAGAGGGUCCGAGGAAGGAAAGCCCGCUUCCGGGUGCCGGUUCUGCUGCCCCGGGCUCAGCCGGGUCCGGGGGUUCCGAGGGGGGCGGGGGUGGAAGGUGAGAGGUGCACGCUUGGCACACGCGUCCCCGGGAGGCACUGGGUUCUGCUUGACAGUUUCGAGAUCAACCUGGUUCUGCGUGUUUUGGAUGUCUGAGUUGCCGAUGAUGUAGAUUCCGGGGCAGAGGGCAGUUACUGAGCUGAGACUGCGAGACAGUCACGCCGUGUGUUCCAGAUUGGCUGCCAUGUGGAAGGGCUGAGGUGUCGUGUAGGAAGUGGAUCGGGAGCGGGAUUUGAGUGGCGAGGGAGGGGCUUGUCGGCGGGAAUGUCCAAGCAGGUGGAGCGGUUCUCCAAAACCGUUUGCCCCAACCAAAACCAGACCACGGGGCUCAGGUGACGUCUUCCUUCCACGUGAGGGCAAAGCUGUCGCCUCUCCGCCCCCACUCGGCAGUGUGUUCUCGGAGUUUCCCGCAGCCGUGGCUCAGCAGCACACGUUCCUUGUUUAUACCGUUUAUGUGAACCACCACGUUUGGGGAUGGAUGUUAAUAUUUUACAGUGUAGGGGGUGUGGAGCCUUCAGAUCCCUGAUUUAUUGGACAAAGUAUCUUUCAGACAUUUUCUCCUCUGGCUUUGGGAGGUGAGCGUUUAGUUUGUGGGGGCUGUGUCCACUGCUGAGAAGUGUGGGCUUCGGUGUGACUGGGAUCUGGGUUCGAGUCCUGACCCGGCGCUGUCUGGCUGUGUGACCGGAGCGAUCCCCGUGACCCCCGUCAGCUGGUUUUCUCAUCUAAAGUGGCGACAGCAAUAACGUACGUACCCCAGGGUGCUGUUGUAGGCAUCAUGUUACCACACCGGCAAAGGCUUCACGUAGAGCCUGGCACUAAGCCCUCGAAGAGUGUUGAUCUAAAAAGACACUAAAAAUCAGCAACAUGGCCCAUUGAGUUCAGGAUGAACUGGUUGUGGGGAAAAUAAAACACCCAAUCCGGAUACCUGUGUUCAGUGGAAGCAAAGGCACGGCCAUAGCCGUAGUGGAUCUGAGGUUAGAGUUGCUGAAGUAUCCUCAGAGGAGGAAGUUUCACGAGGGCACCUUAGAAACGGUGCAAUUUUGGACAAAGGAUUUCCCGUUGGAUCUACCUUGGAAAGCUGAUAGCUGUUUUCAGAUCUUCUGAGCUUUAAUGGGGCCGGAGUAUAUGCUUCAGCUCUGGUAUGAAGUUGAUAAGAACAGGUCUAACCUUAGUUGACAGCUACUCUUAUGUUCCCCAAAUGAAGCACUGCGUCUCUCCAGCGUUUCCCUUAGCCGUGCAGUCAUCGGGGGCUGGUAACAGAGGAGGCCUCUGACAGCGUCCCCUUCCAGCACCCUCAGGCGUGCAGCCUGCGCUACGGCCUCGGAGCAAACAGCAGCAUCAGUGCCUGCGACAUUGUCUCUUCCAAGCCUGGAAUCCCCUUGGCUUCAUUUCAAAGACGUGCUUUCAAGUCUUCUGUUUUUAUUACAUUUUGAUAAACUCGAAACAUUGAAUCUAGAAUGGAUAAGGAUGGUGAACAAUGACUCAUGAAAUCAGCUGUAGUCACAGAGCAAUAAAUAACAGAAGUAUUCAAGAGAGGCUGUGUUUCAGAAAUGAAAGUCACUUUUUCUGCAUCACCUGGGCUAGAGAGUCCAGCCUUGUCGGCACUGAACCCGCGUUUGUCCAAAGUCCGCUUUGCUGGUGUUGGUUGGGCCCGACCUUACGUGACAGGUGGACGCUGUUGAGUGAGAUUGGACCUAUAGACGGCCACGGGUUCCUGCGAGAAAUCGAGGCGAAGGAGGCCUGCGACUGGCUCCGGGCCGCCGGGUUCCCGCAGUACGCGCAGCUGUAUGAGGACGCACAGUUUCCCAUCAACAUCGUGGCUGUCAAGAAUGACCAUGACUUUCUUGAAAAGGACCUUGUAGAACCUCUUUACAGACGACUCAAUACACUGAAUAAGUGUGCCUCAAUGAAACUUGAUGUGAACUUCCAAAGGAAAAAGAGUGACGACUCCGAUGAAGAAGACCUCUGCAUCAGCAACAAAUGGACUUUCCAGAGAGCCAGCCGCAGGUGGUCCCGCGUGGACGACGUCCACACGUUCUUUCCCGGCGGGGACAGAGACGGCUCGUCGGGGGACGUCAGGAUGAGAACCACCACUAGCAGUGAGAGCGUGCUCACCGACGUGAGUGAGCCUGAGGUCUCCUCCCUGCACAGCGAAAGCAGCGGCGGCAGUGAGGGUCGGGGCCCGCCAAGUCACAGCGGCGUGCACGAGGCCCCCGACGGCACCGGGCCCUGCAGCCCGGAGAGCCCGGCCAUGCUCGACGCCACGCUCGCCGGCACCCGCCUCCCCCUGCCCCCCAGAGACACGAUCACCUACCCUUUCCACCCCAAGAAUGAGAAGCCCACCAGGACCAGGGCCAAGUCGCUUUUGAAACGCAUGGAAACCCUGCGGGCAAAAGGAAGCCACGGGAGGCACAAGGGGUCGGGGCGAGCGGGGGGCCCGUCCAUCAGUGGCCCCCUGCUGCAGCGGGAGCUGGAGGCCGUCAGGGCCACACAGUGCUUGCCCAUCGCCAACGGACACCUCCUGGGCCCGGGCCCUGCUGCCCCCAGGCCGGGGCUUCCCGGCUCGGGCAAGUCGAGCAGCGAGAGCAACCAGUCCGAAAACAGCAGCAGCGGGGUGGGCACACCCUGCCUGAAGGAACGGAAGUGCCACGAGGCCCACAAGCGAGGGGGCAUGUACCUGGAAGACCUGGACGUGCUGGCGGGGACGGCACUGCAGGCCGCGGGCGACCACAACCACACUCACGCGUUCCACUCCCAGGAGAACCUGGUGGUGCACGUGCCCAAGGACCACAAGCCAGGCACUUUCCCCAAGGCACUGUCCAUCGAAAGCCUCUCCCCGAUGGACGGCAGCAAUGGGGACAGCUGGAGGGCUGGCGGCCUCUCGCUGGGCAGACAGCAGGGCCCCAGCGCCAGGGAGCCCCAGCUCACGGCUUCCUGCCACAGGGAAAGCCGAGUAAGCGUCUACGACAACGUCCCCGGCUCCCACCUGUACGCCAGCACGGGGGAUCUUCUGGACCUGGAGAAAGACCAGCUCUUUCCUCAUCUAGACGACGUCCUGCAGCACGUCAACGGGCUCCGAGAGGUGGUGGACGACUGGUCCAGGAACAUCCUGCCUGAGCUGCAGACGCACGACGGCUCGGUCGGAGAUCCCUGUUUACCCCGUUUCCCCUCUCCUAAUCAGAUCACCCUAGAUUUUGAAGGAAACUCUGUCUCUGAAGGUCGGACCACACCCAGUGACGUGGAAAGAGAUGGAACGUCUCUCAAUGAGUCGGAGGCCCCAGGGGUCGGAGAAAGGAGGGAUUCCGGUGUGGGGGCCUCUUUGACCAGGCCAAACAGGCGACUCCGGUGGGACAGUUUCCAGCUCUCGCACCAGCCGCAGCCGUCGACGGCGUCGCUGCCCAUCAGCAGCCAGACGGCCGCGCAGCUGAGCCUGCUGCAGCGCUUUUCCCUGCUGCGCCUCACCGCCAUCAUGGAGAGGAGCUCGCUGUCCAGCAGGCAUGGCUGGACGUGGUCAGUCCCCAAGUUCAUGAAGAGGAUGAAGGUUCCCGACUACAGGGGCAGGUCCGUGUUCGGCGUCCCCCUCAUCGUCCACGUCCAGCGCACGGGGCAGCCCCUGCCGCAGAGCAUCCAGCAGGCGCUGAGGUUCCUGCGCAGCAGCUGCCUUGACCAGGUGGGUCUUUUUCGGAAGUCGGGGGUGAAGUCUCGAAUCCAGGCCUUACGUCAGAUGAACGAGAACUCCCCUGAGCACGUCAGCUACGAAGACCAGUCAGCGUACGAUGUGGCCGAUAUGGUCAAGCAGUUCCUCCGGGACCUUCCAGAGCCGCUCUUCACCAGCAAGCUCAGCGAGACCGUCCUCCACAUCUAUCAGUAUGUCCCGAGAGAGCAGCAGCUGCAGGCGGUGCAGGCCUCCAUCCUCCUGCUGGCCGACGAGAACCGUGAGGUGCUGCACACGCUGCUGUGCUUCCUGCACGACGUGGUCGCCUCGGUGGCGGAGAACCAGAUGACGCCCAUGAACCUGGCCGUGUGCCUGGCUCCCUCCCUCUUCCAUCUCAACUUACUCAAGAAAGACAGUUCUCCGAGGGUCAUACAGAAGAAGUACGCCACCGGGAAGCCGGACCAAAAGGACCUCAACGAGAACCUGGCAGCUGCCCAGGGCCUGGCCCACAUGAUCGUGGAGUGUGACCGGCUGUUCGAGGUCCCUCCUGACAUGGUGGCACAGUCACGUACCUCGUACCUGGAGGCCGAAAUCCACUCUCCAACCCUGGAAGAGCUGGGCAAGCAGCUGGAGGAGAGUGGCACAACGCUCCACUCCUACCUGGAGCACCUCGUCCAGGGCCUCCAGAAGGACGCCAAGGACAAGUUCAAAGGAUGGGUCGUCUGUUCCAGCACAGACAGUACAGAGCUGGCUUGCAAAAAGGUGGGGGACGGGACCCCGCUGAAGCUGUGGAAGGCCUCCGUGGAGGUGGAGGCGCCCCCAUCUGUGGUCCUGAACCGGGUGCUGCGGGAACGCCACCUUUGGGAUGAGGACUUCUUGCAGUGGAAGGUCGUGGAGACUCUGGACAAGCAAACGGAAAUCUACCAGUACGUGCUGAACAGCAUGGCGCCCCACCCUGCCAGAGACUUCGUGGUCCUCAGGACCUGGAAGACGGACCUGCCUAAAGGGACGUGCUCCCUGGUGUCCCUGUCCGUGGAGCACGAGGAGGCCCGGCUGCUGGGUGGCGUGCGGGCCGCGGUGCUGGAUUCGCAGUACUUGAUAGAACCGUGCGGCUCUGGGAAGUCGAGGCUCACCCACGUCUGCAGGGUGGACUUGAAAGGUCACUCCCCCGAGUGGUACGCCAAAGGCUUUGGACAUCUGUGUGCAGCGGAGGUUGCCAGGAUUAGAAACUCUUUCCAGCCCCUCAUUGCGGAGGGCCCAGAAACGAAAAUCUGAGUCUCCCCCGAAGCGGGAGGCCAAGCUCAGGGACGGGGGAGCCAAAGUGAACCUUGCGGGUGAGCGUGAGUGUCGCUCUGCCCUGUGUGGGGACACAGAGAAGGCGGAACGUCAAAGAUGCAAGAAUUUCCAAGAACUUUUCCUAGCCUUCCUGGAGAUGGCUACAUCCCUACUAAUAUAAUAUUUUUAAAAAUCAGAACAUUUAUCUAUGUUACUUAAAAUUAAAUGGAUUAUUCCUUGUGCAUCACCUAAUUUGCUAUUUAAAGGCUUCUAAGAAGCAUAUUCUUAACUGUAGAUAAAUGUACGGAUCGUGUGUGUACAGAGAUGUAUAUAUUCUUUAUCUUUACUGUAUAUUCGGAAAACAGCAAUUUUAUAUGUAGUGGAGUGUUUGGGAAAGGAAUGCAUCUGACUUAGUGAGUCUGUCCCCACCGCAGCCCCAGCCUCGCCUCCUCACCGCUCUGAAAACAAAGCAGAAGCCGCUGCUCCCACCGACGUGCGGAGGCCGUCUGUCCGGUCAACCACCAUGUCUAGCCAAAGAUGCACUAACCAAAGGGAAAGAGCAUGGAAAGGGUCUUGUGUGUCGACAGUUUGUUCAUGUUAUUCAAAAACUGAGAGGGGAGAGUUGGAAAGGGUAAAUUUACUUCUCUGAAAGCAGAGCAGCCGGUGAGAAGCCAUUGCCAGGCAAAGGCUCCGUGGCUGCGGCGGGCCCAGCAGGUACAGUGGCGGCGAGGUGUCCACGGCGAGGUGUCCGAGGCCAGUGGAAUCAGAACUUCCCGCCCGCAGGUCAGAGCGGACAGUCAGCCCCCACUGUGCACCCAGGGUUUGCACAGCUGUGUUUCAUAAUGCUCUGCAACGUCGUCCUGUUGCACCAGGACCUCUUUGGUUGCAGUGAAUUGGCGUUUCCUCACCAACACAUUGCACUGAAUUUAGGGAAACGGUGGUCCGGCAGGAGAACUGGACCGUGAUAGCUUCAGGGAAUUCAUAUUUUGCUACUUAUGAUGCUUUGAAAAUAUAAGUCAUUGAAGUUUUGCGAUCUGAGAGACAGGGUUUUUAAUUAACCUAAGACCAAAAACUAUGUUCUUUAGUUUUAGAAAAAAUAAACAAGUUUAUUAAGUCCAUGUUUCUUCAUUAACUGGCUCAAGCUACAUAGGGUUUUGAACCAAUCUUAUUUAUUAUCGUGUAGGCGAAGCAAAUCGACCCUCCUUAACCAAUUGCCAAUGGAUCGAAGUUGUGUUUUAUUGUAAUUGAACAACAGUAGAGAGAAAGAUAAAUUAUUGUGUUUCGUUUCAGGGAGAGCAGAUUUCUUUGGUGGUCCGUGACCAACAUUGACAUCACGCUUUAGCAACUGGUGUUGGAGAAAAAAAAAAAAGAGUGUUUUCAAUUUUUUUUUAUAUUAUGUGCAUUUAUGUAAUGUUUGCUCUUAUCAGCAAUGUGCAAUUAUUGUACUGAGAGGAAUAAAAAUGGCAUAUAUGAGUUCAGGAUGGUGCCAGGAAAAUCAUGCUGUUUGAAUUAUAUGAUCGAGGAGUUUUUUGUUUCCGUGCCUAACCUAAAAGGGGACAGCAAACCCGUAAUUUACCAUUUGGGCCAUGCUCUGAGAGCAGAACAAAUUCACUUCUUGAAUUUAACCCUAUAUGCUGUGUUACUUUAGUGUGCACAGAGAUUUUUCAUGACGUUUAAUCUAGGUAAACACUGGCCCUGCUCAAGGGUGGGAUCUGCAUGUUGGAGAACAGGGCAGCUGUCAUCAGGGCCAGCACUGUUGUCCCACCUCAGGCAGCGCUUCUCCAACGUAAAAGUGCACAGGAAUCACCGGGGAUCUGGUUAAAAUGCAGAUUCUGAUUCAUUCGUCUGCCAUGGGCCUGAGAAUCUGCAUUUUAAACAAGCCUCAGGGGUACCCCUGCCUGUUCGCGGACUGCACAUAACAAGGACCCAGAGGAAACAAAUCUGAUUGUAUUUCAGACUCCCCUUCCCUUCAAAUUUACCUUACUUCUUGGGCACAUACUAACCACAUCACCGUGCAGAGAAACAACACAGUGCAUCUUCAGGAAAAAAAGGAGGAAAAAGAUGCAUCAAGCCUGUUUGUCAAGUCCCACAGUAUUUUAUUGUUAUCUUGCCAUUGGAAAUAAAGUAUAUUUCAUUUUAAUAAUA